UUAAAGGAAGAAAUACAUUUCAUUUCUGUCUCUUAUUAAUUCAAAAGAUUUUGCAUAAAGACCCGCAGUCUAGCACAUAUUCGCAAAUAUGCACAUAUUCGUUAUCAGUUUCACAGUCUUCUUCUUGUUCACUGAGAAUCCAAUAUACCGAUAACAAUACAUCUUGAACAAUUAUGCCAGUAUUGUGUUACAUCAUUAUUAUCGUUAUUGAUAGCCCGAUCGAAUGAAGUAAACUUAGACUUUCAAAUUAAACUUUCAACUAUAACUUUGCAAUAUUUAUUCAGUUACUUUUAGUUCCUGGUUAUUCUAGCAUCAAAUUCAGUAGAAUUAUGGUUGCAUUGUGAUAAGAGAAGUUGAUAAACUGUUCUGACUAUUGGAGACGGAACAUCACAGUGUAGUUGUGGUCGUUACUCGAGGAUACAUCAAUGAUAACUCACUUUUAAUAUGGUUCGAUGAUAAACGAGAAGGGAAUUGUUGGUCGGGCCGUGAACGAGGCGACUCCAAAAUACUUUAUAGAAAGUAAUUGGCACAUCCGAGGCUGGUUUCCCCCAUCUGAGCAUGACACGUAAUUUUCCACCGAUUAGGCGCGCGCCGGAUAACGUUAAGUUCUGCGGUUCUUUGGGACUCCGAGGCUCUGAAAACAAUAAAUUACCAUCUACUUUUUAAGGCAAUAGCAAACAAUAAGGGAAGCCGACUCGCAAACAGAAUGCAGAAUGACUUCGCCUCGCUUCGCUGAAUUAUUUAUCGGGCGUUCGCUUUCGUUUGAAUAAUUUAAUAUUUUUGACGACAUCGACGGCACAACAAUAAUAAUUCGUCGUCGUACGAGACUUCCCGUCUCUCAUCAGGCCACGAUCAAUGGAAAAUACAGGGACGAGUAAUUGCACGACAAAUGAUCGAUAAUUACAGCGCAAAAACUGUAAUGGCCUUUGCACGCGCACUCGAAGAACGGCCAUUGGCGGAGGAAACCCUGCAAAGUUGAUAAAGGAACGUGGAUCACGGAAUGGAAUGAUAUUAUCGGUGAUAGUGAUGGAAUAUGCUUUCGACUCGUGAUGUAAGAUUUGCAUUCGUAUUUGAAUCCUGAAGGAUGAACGAUGCCUGCAGCAGAGGAUACUUCGGUUGCUUCUUCGUUUUUUCCAGAAGACCUGUUCGUGUCGAUAUCACUGAGGAGAUCGGUUUAACAGAUCCGACGGAUAAGUUCUAAGCAUCGACCUGUAGGAGAUACCAUCAGAAUGAAGACGAGCUUUCAAAGUUUGAACCGCUGGAACGACCUGAUGAAUACGUUGUCAGGGAACUUUCUACCGGUAACGAGCGAGGAAACGAAGAUGCCGGUUAUUUUGAAGUUAUACGUGGCCAUGAUUUGGACGAUCGAAUUGACGUAUCUUGGCGCCUGUACCGUCGGCAUAUUCUACGUGCCAAAGGAAAAGGCGCUGAGGGACGGCACGGUGAAUUUUGUGGUUACGUUCGACAUAUUUUUCUUCCUCCCAAUCUUGUAUAGUAAUAAAGACACGCUGCAAGGAUUGAUCGGGACGCUGAACAAGAUUUUUGCUGCAGAGGGUAGCAUGCUCACGACUACAGUUACUCAGUUGCUGGAGCCGAUGAUGAGGGUCCAGAAAAUUUAUAUAAUCGGCAGCGGAACUGCGCUUCUUGCGUGGACAACGUUGCCGCUCGCGGGUCUGUUCUAUAAGAAAGAAUUCUAUUGCGCGGAUUAUCAAGUGCCGAUGGCUUUGUCGAAGGAGCCAUUUUCCGUGGCCAUUUUCGUCGCUGGUACUGCGCUUCAGAUGGUCGGCGGCGUUGUCACCUUCAUUCGAAAGGCUAGCUUGGACGUGUACACUAUACACUGGAUCCUUUUGAUGACUGCUCAGUACAAGUAUAUGGAGCUGAAGUUCAUAUCGAUACUCGAGAAGGACACCACUUCCAUCGCCAAGGACACGAUCACUGAGGAAAUGAGAUUGCUGACCCGGCAUCACAACACUGUAGUAAAAAUGGCCGUCGCAUUGAAACGAAUAUUUUCUCCGAACAUUGCGGCUCUGUACAUAAACAAUGUUUUUCGCUUCUGUUUUUUAAGCAUUAUGGUGAUAACGUCUGCCAACAGCCUGUUAAGAUCUUUCAUUGUAUUAUACACAUGCGGUGCACUGAUGCAGUUAUAUAUGAUAUGCUUUUGCAUUCAACAUUUAUUGGAGGCGAGUACAACAAUGAUGGACAGCGUGUUUCAUAAAAAUUGGUACCUUCAUGAUAUUUCGCUGCAACGAUCCGUUAUGUUCAUGACUUUGGCUACAAAAUUGAAAUGCCAAUUAUCUCGAUUUCGGAAUAUUGAUCUAACACUACCAUCGUUUAUGUCGAUUCUGAACCAAGCGUACUCAGUAUGUUUGUUAUUUCUAAGGUCAAGGCGAGAUUGAAAAUGGCAACCAGUAACCUUAAAAUUAGUUUCAUUAGAUCAAUUUUGAUAAUGCAUUAGAAACGAUUUUACGUCAAUGAAAUAAAAAUAUAUACAUAUGUUAAUCAUUGUUAAUAGAUGUGCUCCCUCUAUUAUUUACAAUUUUGCAGGUCACAGCGACGAACAAUGAUCAUUUCCUAUACGUUCCAGUGUUCCCAGCUUUGACUACCACCUCAAUCGCAUACAGAUUCCCAAGAAAACGGUUUGUCUGAAGAAAUCCUUGAGCACAUUGAUUUGGUUGUGACUGCAGCAAAUCACAAUUACACAAAAUUAUGUAUAAUUAAGUAAGAUUCAAGAAAAAACUAGUAUUCUUUUAUACACUUAACAUGUUGACUGUCACCUGGCUCACAUAUAGAAUACUAUUGUAUAUGCUCAGAUAAUAGUAGUAACAGUAACAAUUGCUACAAUGAAUUUAGGUUACCAUUAAAGUUUCUCUUUUAUUAAUUAAACUGCUUCGAUUCUGUUUAAUUUUUAGGGUUCAUAUUCAGCAGUCGACAUAUUAUCUUAUUGGCAUAAAUAAAUUCUUGUUUGACGUAUAUUAAUUUUGUGCAAAAUAUUCUAAACAAAAUAAUAAUCCCACUAUAAUCUUGCGAAUUCUGCUUGUAUAAUGUUGAUCCAUGCACUGGAUGCUUGAUAUUCCAUUUAAUUCUAGAAUUGAUUUUUCAACCAGUUAACUGUUGCAAUCUCUUUGAAGAGUGUGUAAGUUACUACAAAUGAUACUGUAUAUGUUGGAUUUCCUUCAUAUUCUGUCUAAAUACAACACUUUUAUAAAAUAUGUAAUUUAAUAAAGAAUAUCAAAGUAUA